AUGUGGCAAGACUUGGAUACUCUGACCAGUUCGGCAGUUAAUUCUGGGUCUCAGCAGGCUGAUCAAUUCAGCACGACAGAACUAACACCGGAGCAACAGAAGAUUCUUAUUGACAUUCGCCGAAAAAAGACUGAACUAUUACUCGAAAUUCAGCAAUUAAAAGAUGAGCUUGGAGAAGUUGUCGCCGAAAUGGAAGUCAUGGAAGGAGGCGGAUUCACCGUUGACGAAUCAAACAAGCCGUCAAACAAAACAAAACAAACAUCAAUCGGCCGUAAAAAAUUCAACAUGGACCCAAAGAAGGGUAUCGAGUACCUGAUUGAGCAUAAUUUAUUAACACCUACACCCGAGGACGUCGCCCAGUUUCUGUACAAGGGCGAGGGACUCAAUAAAACCGCGAUCGGAGAUUACUUGGGAGAACGACAUGACUUUAACGAGCGUGUGUUGCGUGCCUUCGUCGAGCUCCAUGACUUCACGGACCUGAUACUCGUCCAGGCGCUUCGGCAAUUCCUCUGGUCAUUUAGGUUGCCCGGUGAAGCGCAAAAAAUAGAUCGGAUGAUGGAGUGCUUUGCUCAGCGAUACUGUCAGCUUAAUCCCAAUAUUUUUACAAACACCGAUACUUGCUACGUACUCAGUUUUGCUAUCAUAAUGCUCAACACUUCGCUGCAUAAUCCCAGCGUCAAAGACAAGCCCAGUGUCGAACAAUUUAUUACUAUGAACCGGGGGAUUAAUAAUGGAGGCGAUCUGCCAAGAGAAUUACUUGUAAGUUUAUACGAAAGCAUUAAAACUGAGCCAUUUAAAAUACCAGAAGACGAUGGAAAUGAUUUAAUGCACACAUUUUUCAAUCCUGAUAAAGAAGGCUGGCUCUGGAAGCAAGGCGGACGGUAUAAGAGUUGGAAGAGAAGAUGGUUUAUUCUCAACGACAAUUGUCUCUAUUACUUUGAGUACACUACUGACAAAGAGCCGCGUGGGAUUAUACCGCUGGAAAAUAUUCAAGUUAGAGAGGUUCAAGAUAGACAUAAACCGCAUUGCUUUGAACUCUAUGCUGCUGAUAGUGUUGCUUAG